AUGGCAUCUUGUAUAUCAAACUCUCUAUCAUUCCAAGGGAGGAAGACAGGACCAAAUUGCUUAUUUGGUUGGAACAUAGGCAGAAAGAGAGUUGAUGACAAACCUCAGAUUAAAUACCAUGAUAUUGAUCUCACUUUCUCAACUUCUCUCGUUUCCAAAACAUUUUUGAAAGGUAAGGAACUAAAGUGCUGCUACAGGGCAACAAUAGAUGGAUUUAGUGCAACAAAUUUCCAUCAAUGUUGUGACUUUAAAGGACCAUGUGUAAUAAUAGGCUACACAAACAACUCUUUCAAGUUUGGUGCAUUUAACCCUGAAGGAUAUAGAAGCACAGAUGAUUACUAUGACACAUUUGAUGCAUUUCUAUUUUAUUGGAUAGAAAAUAAAAAUGAACCCAUCAUUUUGCCUAAGGUUGGUGGAAGUGGUGCAGCUUUGUUUGAUUAUGCUCGUGGCGGGCCACAGUUCGGGGCUGACGGGCUUCUCAUCGGUCCCCCGUUAGCACCGGUUAUGGGUGGUUUUGCUGGGCCGGAUACUAAUUCUGGUGUUGGUGAUUUAACACAAGCUAAGUCUAGAUUGGGAUUGUCUUAUGCUAAAAGGGAAGAUGGCAAGGAGUCUAUCUUUGGUGAUGAGUCAAGAGCAAUUAUUCAAGAAGUUGAAGUGUUUUGUAGCCCUAAAAUUGCAAGCUUAUAUUAG